GGCAUGUGUGGCGAGGCAGGGUACAACGCGCGAACGGGUAAGGAUGAUGCGCAAGGUACUCUAGAGUAGAUCGAUAUACUGUAGCGCACAGUAGGACUUGUUUCUGUACUGUGGUGUUGCAAAGUAGCUAUGGUGUUCGUGAGUCUUGGUUAAUAAUGCCGUACUACGCCUUAAUCUACAGCUACUUCCUGUACGGCUACAGCUUAAUAUAAGUACCGCUGCUUACUGUUGCUUACUGCAGUACACCGUAGCCGUAGAUUUCAGUACUACGUCCAGUUGGCAAUGCUGCCUCAAUUUGCACACGCCUGCGUUGGUGACAGCUCCAAGACGAUAAGACUGAGUAAAGUCGGCUUGAAGAAGAGACUGGAACGAAUGUGCCAGGCUAAAAAUGUACUUUUGCUCCUCUCUUUCCAGAUCUUAAGACGGGAAGGUGCUGCCCAACCACUAGUCGCACUACCGGCAACGCCGUGGACCCUGCAGAUCAUCUCCUCGGUGGGAAAUGGCAUGAAAGCUCCAUGCCGCAGCUCUCUCAAGCUCUCAAGAGACACGAUCUCUGUCAGGGACGGGCUCUUAAGAACACUGGACCGUCAUAACUUUACGAAAACAUUCCACUCCCUGAUUCCCUCCGACAUCGACCCACGCUCCGUCACGCUCCCCGACCCUUUCAUCGUCAUGGUCACGGGCGCAGGGAAGGGCCUUGGGUACACAUCAGCCUCGCCUUCGUGCGCGCAGGAUGCAGCGGGAUCGCAGUAUCAUCCCGAACAAGCGCCGAUCUCGACGCACUGGAAUCCGAGAUCUGCACAAUUGCACGCAAGAGAAUGAAGAAAGUCGGGGUGCUGAAGGUGGUGUGUGAUGUACAUAAUGAAGCCGCGAUUG